GGAAAAAAAAUGUACACUACGAUGCAGCUCUGCACAGUGGGAAAGGAAGGAAAGGGAAAGAGGAAAUGUAACCUUGGCACAAAAGAAACUCAAGAGAAUCACCUACAAAUCUAAUGCACAGGGAUAUUGACCUGUGUCAGUAUUACACACCAAAACUGGGUGUACUCGUGGAGGAGUGCCGCUGUCACAAUAAGACAGUUUGUUCUGUUUGGGACAGAGGUGAAAAAGGAGGCACAGUGCAGAUCUGUUUGAUUUGCUCAUUCCCAGCUGACUUGCUGGGGGCUGGAAGUUGAAAUAGAGUUGACAGGUUGGCUCUGCGUUUUAUGAAGUGGUCAUCGGUGUUCCUCCUUGGCAAAGUCAAUAUUGUACCUGGGUAACUUAGGUCAAUAAACAUUCACUCUCCUGGGAUUUUCUUCACUCAACAAAUCGUUGAAAACCACUGCUAAUGUUUUUCAGUAGCAAGCUAAUACCCAAAACUGACAUGGGCCAGUCGGAAAAGUAGAAAGGUGCUUCCAUACAUUCUGUCAUCUCGUCAGAUACUACCCCACCCUACAUGUCCUCCCCAUCAUCACAAGCUCCAAAGUUCAGCCCAUUGUUACAGCUUGGAAGAAGACUGGCUGUGGCCUGCCGCGUGGUCCUCGGAGUGUGCAGGCCAAGAGAGCCUUUCAUAGGACAUCAUCAGUACAGUCCAUGGCUAUGACCAGCAUCAGGCUACUGGCAGGUGUCUUACGAAAGCCCGAUGCCUGGGUUGGACUCUGGGGUGUGCUCCGAGGAACUCCGUCACUCCAGCUCUGUGCCCCCUGGAGCCAGUACUUGCAUUUCUCGAGCACCCGGUUCAGUGCGUCAACUUAUAAAACACUCUUCCGUCAUAUUUUCUCACUGAGGCUCUCGAGACUUUCACUAUCUCCAGAAUGCAUUUUUCCAUUCUCUGUAAGACUCAAAAGUAAUCUAAGCUCGAAGAAAUCCUCGAGAAAGGUAAUGCAGAAAGUGGAAGAGGAGGAGGACUCCGAUGAAGAGAGUAGCCAUGCUGAGCCGAGAGAGCAGCAGGAGGAGCUUGAGGGCGACCCCAGUGUGAUGAGAGACUAUAAAGACUUGGAGAAAGCUGUGCAGUCUUUCCGCUAUGAUGUUAUCCUGAAGACGGGCCUGGACAUCGGCAGGAACAAAGUGGAAGAUGCAUUCUACAAAGGUGAACUCAGACUGAAUGGGGAAAAAUUAUGGAAGAAAAGCAGAACGGUGAAAGUGGGAGACACACUGGAUCUCCUCAUCGGGGAAGACAAAGAAGCAGAGACCGAGACAGUGAUGCGGAUUGUCCUGCAAAAAGUCUUUGAGGAGAAGACCGAGAGCGAGAAGUACAGAGUGGUGUUGCGAAGGUGGAAAAGACUCCAGCUGUCCAAGAAGACUGGGUCUAAAUAAACAGGUGAUUUUUUCCAUG